AUGCCACCCUUCGUAUCGUCGACUUCCGUCUCCGCCAUCACAGACACGGAAUCUGCCUCGGCCCGAAUCUUUCAGAUUCCUGAAUUGGUUCUCCUGGUCGUAAAGAACCUCGACUCAAAAGACGUGUCUAGUGUGACAAAAACCUCCCGACUCCUCCACACCGUCGGCGAGCCAUACCUCUUCCGUAGGCUGUUGCUCCUCACAGCUCUACUUGAACCCUCACACGACAAUGUACCCAAACCAGCGCGCAGUCUAGAGGGCGUAGCCAGGAAUGCCGGUUCUCUCACGACCAUCGUAUUGGACGACGAUAAACUCUUGCGCCACUACUACACCUGUCUCCGCAAUACCGUGCGUGACAGGGAGCUCCUGCCUCGAGUACUAACAACAGAUACGUCCCCAAACCCAUCAAUGGCGUCGGUCAAUCAGCACCGGCAGCAGCGGCAGUCUCUGGUUUCAACGUCGACUCGGUUCCAGUGGUCUCUCGAGGAUCUUUGCGCAAAGGCGGUCAUUCCUGCUCAGGCGCGGUAUUGUCUCCAGGCUAGCCCUCUUCUCACAGCUCUCCGUCUUGACAACGUCAUGAUCCCAAACCGUAUUUAUGCUGACUAUUGGGCGGUGACAAUCUCAGGACUCAGGAUGCUUGAGACACUGUCCAUGAAGUUUGUAACGCCUGAUUCCUCUCGGCCGGAUGACCUUCUCUCGACCAUCGUCCUCUGCAGUCCUCCAUCGCUCAAGUCGCUAUCGCUCGGAGUUCAUCGCCAUACAGAUGCCCAGCGUCUCCUCUUCCGCGAGAACCCAGACAACGAUCCGACCUUCAAGCUGCUGUUGAACGCCCAGCCCAGCGAGCCGACCAUCACUCGGGACAAGGACUCUCUCCUUCCCAAUCUGACUGAAUGGAACGUGUACAGCCCCUACCUUUGGGACUACCAGACCUACCGCAGUAUUCUGCGACGGCUCCCUAACCUCGUCUCAAUGGAGUCUCCUAACAUACGUCUGGACACUUCUGUGAACAGUUUAGCGUACGCCAGAUUUAUCGUCAACACUUGCCGGGGAUUGAGGAACCUGUCCUUCAACGCCCGAGUGAGCGGUGGGGAAGUAGAGCCGGUGCUUGCCAUCAUGGGAGCCAUGAAGGAAAACACUCUAGAAUCCCUCAACCUUCAUGGAUACAACUAUUCGCACAACGAGUUGGCAUCGAGGUUGACCAGGCACUAUACCUCUCUACGACGACUCGAGUUCCAGGGCAGCGGGAUUGGUGCUGGGCUGCUUCGAUUGAUCCUUGUCAACUGCGCAAACCUCGAGGUGCUGAAGGCAUUGGAGAUUCCGGUCCGUUUAGAGCGCCUGAUUCAGGAGAGGUGGGUAUCUACCAGGAUCCAGGAACUCCAUAUCAGCAUCGACGCAGGCGAACCCGAGAUCCCCAUCCGACCAAACAACCGGCGCCAUUUCAGCAUGCAGCAUAAGGAGAAGGUGGUGCGAUUGGAGAAACUCUACCGACAACUGAGCAUGCUCACAGAGCUGAAGGUGUUGGACUUGAGGUUGUACACGUCUACUGCUGAUCGUCACUUCAAUGUGGAUGUUGGCCCACCACCCUUAACUUACGUCAUGUCGGGCCUGUUGACAUUGAAUGACGAGGGCAAGGAUGGUGGACUUUGGGGUGGCCUUCAGUUGCUGUCUGGGCUCAAGAACUUGACAGUCCUCAAAGGCCUGUUCGCAUUCAACGUCGCCACGUUGCCAGGUUUCAUCAUGAGAGAGAAGGAUGCCAGAUGGGUCGCUGAGAACUGGCCAAAGCUGGAGAGGAUCGAGUUCUAUACAGGAGACCAUGCCGUCGACUCUGCCGACAUCCUGUCCUCUGUUGCGUGGCUCCGAUCCAUGUUGCCCCACGUAGAGUUCGUCCCCUUUAACUAUAUGUGA